UGUGCUGAGCAUGAUGGGAAAUAGAGGUAACGCAUGGGAAUUUUGAGUCGUAAACAAAGAUCCAUAUUAUGUUUUUGAAGUUGUAUUAUAAGUUGCAGUUUUAUUUUCUUGUUGUUUUGGGAUGCUAGAAUUGUAUUUAGCAUCUUUAGAAGCAGAUAAGCAUAUUCCCAAAAAAGAGAUCUUCUGUUCUAAGUGGAAACAGGGAUAACACUUCACGCUCACCAGAUGAGGCAAUGUUGUCGAAAUAAAUCAUAAACUAUUAUGACAAGCCGUAUUAUUUCUGGUGACCCGUGAAACAUUUCGACAACACUCAGGAUGGGGCUCAGCGACGAGGAGCCUCAGCACGGCAGCAUGGAGGGCUCUGCUGCUUCGGUAGACGGUUGGAUGAAGAAUCAGUCAAAAAGGGCUAAGCAGCAUAGAGGAACUGCCAAAGGAAAGUUAACACGUAAGCUAGAAAAGUUUUAUGAGCAUGUGAAAGAUAAAGUUGCCUUAGAAAUAUUGGAAGAUAACUAUAAUUUGAUUGUUAAAGCUUUUGAGGAAGUUGAACUAGCAAAUGAAAGUUAUUGCAAUUUACUUGAUGAAACUAGUGAUACUCAAGAAUUAAAGUCUGCAGACAUUUACAUUAAGGAACUUGACGAUAAGAAAUGUGCUGCCCAUGUUUUGUUUGUAAAGAUUAAAGAUGAGAUGCAAAUGAAAGGGGCCAUCAAAGUAAAAUCUAUUGACAUUCCAAAGUUUGAUGGAAAAAUCAGAGACUAUAGUAAUUUUAAAAGGGAUUAUGUCAGACUUAUGCAACCCAACUAUGGAAAAGACCCAUUUGCUCUUAGACAGUGUCUCUCAGGAGAAGCCUUAGACUCUAUUUGUGGGGUCGAGCAUGAUUUUGAUAAAAUGUUUGCACGGUUAGAUGACAUGUACAGUGAUAGUCGACGAGUAAUUGAUGUAGUAAUUGAAGAUUUGAGAGAAAUUGAACCUGUAGUCGAGGGUGAUAGUUUAGGUUUUAUCAGAAUGGUAGACAAAAUUGAGCAAAAUUUUCUUUAUCUAGAUCAGUUGGGUCUAUCUUCAGAACUUAAUACUGCCAAUAUGACAAGUCAGAUAGAGAAACUCUUGCCUCCAACUCAGAAGCGGGAAUGGAUCAAAAUAGCAGAAAAUGUUGAACCUGUUGAAUUAUUUAAAAAACUACUGGAAUACCUUUUGGGUGAAAGGAAAUCCCUUAAGUAUCUGAUUGCCAGUGUAAGGAACCCUGUUAACACUAAAGCUAGAGUGAACUAUGCUGUGUACAAUCAAGAUAGGAUUAGCUCUGACCAUACUGAAGAAUCAGAAAUAAUGAAGAGGCUGUCUGAUGUUGAGAAGGCUGUAACAAAUAUAAAUAACCUUGUGAUCAAGCUUACAGAAGAAAAGAGUGAAGAAAAGAGGUCUAUUGGUACUCUAAGUACACAUUUGAACAGGUGUUGGUAUCAUGGAACAGAUGGACAUGAUAUUUUAGACUGUGCAACAUUUCAGAAGUUAAACAAUAGUGAGAAAUUUGAAAUUCUAAGGAAAAGAGGUAUCUGUUUUAAUUGUCUAAAGGGAAUUCAUGUAUCUAGGAGAUGUUUUAAAAAAUCAAGAUGUUCUGCAACUGAUGCAAAUAAUCAAACUUGUGGGAAGCUCCAUCACACGAGCCUUCAUGAAAAUCAGAUUGUUGGGAGUUCAUACGUCAGCUUGAAAAGAAAUGGAGUCAUGUUCAUGGUCAAUAAGAUUAAAUGUAAUAAUCAAGUAUUAAAUACACUCUUUGAUUCUGGGGCUGACGUGACAAUGAUACGAAAUGAUAUGGCAGCCUCAUUAGGAUUGAAAGGCAAGCAUAUACGCUUAGCUGUGACUAAACUAGGAAACCAGACUGUAACAUAUAACAGUAAGGAAUAUGACCUUGUUCUUACUGAUAAACAGGGGAAUAAUGUGAAUAUUACUGCUUAUGGUAUAGAUGAAAUAACAUCAUGUAUAAACAAGGUUAAUCUGUCACAUGUGAAGCAUUUAUUUAAGAGUACUGAUGUAUGCCAAUUGGAUAGACCUCAUGGUAAGAUAGAUUUACUGAUAGGUGCUGACUAUUGCUCUCUAAUCCCUACAGUUAAAGAAACUGUAGGUGAAAAUUUACAACUUAUGGAAUCUCGAUUUGGGAUGUGUGUUCGUGGUAGUCACCCUAGUAUAGCUUGUGCCUCAGGUACUAGGGAUAUUGUAGGCAUCAGAAUAAACCAUAUUUCUGGGAUUAUAUAUGACAAAGAUAUAACUGUUGAACCGAAAUCUGAUAUUAAGGAUCAGAUUGAUAAAUUUUUCACAGUGGAAUAUUUAGGAACAGAAUGUAAUCCUAGAUGUGGUGAUUGCAAAUGUGGCAAAUGUGCAGUGGGUAACAAUGACUAUAGUAUUAGAGGAGAGAGAGAGUUAGCCUUAAUUGAAAAAGGAUUACAAUAUGAUUCAGAAAAAAAACAAUGGUCCGCUAAAUUCCCAUGGGUUAAAGACCCUAAUUUAUUACAGAAUAAUAUCUCUGUUGCUGUUGCCAAAUUAAGGAGUACUGAGAAGAGAUUGCUGAAACUUGGACCAGAAUAUGCUAAAGCUUAUAACAACCAAAUAAGGGAUAUGAUCAAACGUGAUGUUGCACGUAAAUUAACACCAGAUGAAAUAAAAGGUUAUGCUGGUCCUAUUACAUAUCUUCAACAUCAUGAAGUGCUAAAGCCAGGAUCUACAUCCACACCAAUUAGGAUUGUCUUUAAUUCCUCUGCCAAAUUCAUGGGACAAUCUCUAAAUAGCUUUUGGGCCAAGGGUCCUGAUGUUUUGAAUUCCAUGGUGGGCAUAUUACUGAGAUUCCGUGAAGGAGCCAUAGGUAUAGCAGGUGAUAUAAGUAAGAUGUACAACAGUAUUAAGCUUCCUGAAAUGGAGCAACAUGUACGCAGAUUUGUUUGGAGAGAUUUCCAGUUGAAUUGUGAGCCUGAGCAUUAUGUGUUAACUUCAAUGGGCUUUGGUGACAAACCUUCUGGAAUAAUUGCUAUGUUGGCUCUUAAACACACAGCUGAGCUAUGGAUGGAAAAGUAUCCCGAUGCUGCUUCUAUGAUAAUAUCAAAUUCUUAUGUUGAUGAUAUUAUACAAUCAGUUGAGAGUAAAGAGAAAGCUUUGCAGUUGAUUCAGGAAACUGAGAAAAUACUCUCAUAUGGCAAUUUUAAGGUAAAGCAGUGGAUUAUGACUGGUGAUGUUGAUAAGGAUGAUCUAGAUUUUUCAGAGAAUGAAGGCAAUAAAAUUCUUGGUUUAUAUUGGGAUCGUUGGAAUGAUGAAUUUAAAUUCAAAGCAAGGUUGAAUUUUUCUCCUAAAUAUAAGGGUAUACGAACAGGUCCAGAUUUAAAAUUUUCAAAUUUUAUUUGUAACAUUCCUCCAGUUUUAACUAAGAGAAUUGUUAUAAGUCAGAUGUGUUCUGUGUAUGACCCACUAGGUUUACUUCUUCCAUACACAUUGAAAGCCAAAAUAUUAUUACGGGAAACUGUCAGUUGCAGUACCAAGUUAGGAUGGGAUGACCCUUUGCCUGCCCAUAUGAAAGAGCAAUGGGUAGUACACUUUCACAAAUUAUUUGGGAUUGAUUCCUUGUCAUUUGAAAGAUGUAUCAAACCACCCACAGCGAUAGGUCUGCCUAUGCUUGUUAUUUUUAGUGAUAGUUCAUCAAAUGCAUAUGGUGCUGUGGCUUAUGCUAGGUGGAAAAUGAAAUCUGGAAUGUUUGAAAGUAAGCUAAUAAUGGCAAAAGGAAGAAUAGCUCCUACCAGACAACUUUCCAUACCCAGACUUGAAUUGUGUGGAGCAAUUAUUUCAUGCAGACUACGCAAAUUAAUCGAAAAUGAAUUAUCAUAUAGAUUUAGUUCAGUAAUGCAUAUAACAGACUCGGCUAUUGUGAGAGCACAGAUCCAAAAGGAGUCGUAUGGAUUUGGGACUUUUGUAGCAACACGGGUAGCAGAAGUACAAUCGAAGAGUAAUCCCAAUGAAUGGUGGUGGAUUGCUUCUUGUCACAAUCCUGCAGAUUUACUUACUAGACCUAAUGAUCCAUCAGAUAUUAUCAUCAGUUCAUUGUGGAAGUAUGGCCCAAAAUUCAUGACUCUACCCAAAGAAGAGUGGCCAAUAAGUCAAUCUAUUGAAUGUGACUUGCCUGAUAGAGUCCAUGUGAAUUUAACACACUGUCUGAAGGACUCAGAUGAAUGUGUUAUUGAUUUAUCUAAGUUCAAAAAUUACAAUAAACUUAUUGCAGUUACUGGUAGGAUAUUAAAUGUAAUGAAGAUCAGAUCUUUAAAGGGUAUCUUAUUAAGACUUGAACCUGAUAUUCUAAAUGAAGCAUUACAAUUUUGGAUCAGGCAAGCACAAAAAUGUUUUUCCGGUAAUUGGAAACAGAAAUAUCAAAGAUUGGGACCAUACAAGACUGAAAAUGGUAUAAUUAUGGUAGGUCAAAGACUGGAGCAUUGGUUAAAACAAAAUUGGAAUCAAGAUAACUUUAUCCUGUUACCCAGGAAACAUUUGUUUACUAUACUUUAUAUUAGUCAUUUGCAUAAUAUAGAUCAUGCUGGAGUGGAUGUUACACUUAGUAAACUGCAGACAAAGUUCUGGGUUCCUUCAGCACGUAAAGUCAUCAGAGCAGUGAAACGUAAAUGUGUUACUUGUAGGAGAUUAGAUUACAAAGUUGAAGGUCAGUGCAUGGGUCAAGUCGCUACUGAAAGAAUAACUCCAUGUCCAGCUUUCUAUCACACUGCUACAGAUAUCUUUGGGCCAUUUCAAAUAAGAGACAAUGUGAAGAAAAGAACUACUGGUAAAGCUUAUGGUGUUAUAUUUAAUUGCAUGGUUACUCGUGCUGUAUAUAUUGAUGUUGUUGAUGGAUAUGAUACCCAUAGUUUCUUGAAGACUUUUAGACGUUUCACAGCUGUCCAUGGAUAUCCAGCUACUGUUCAUUCAGACUUAGGCUCUCAACUGGUAUCAGCUAGUAAGGAAACUUCAAAUAGCUAUAAAUAAC